AUGAAAAGAGAAGCUGUUCAUAUACUUGUCAACGAUGAUAUAGAAAAUGAUAAAAACGAAAAAACAAAAGAAGAUAUCCUUUUAGAAUAUUUGAGAGAUAAUAAUAUAAAAUCAUGUAAUUUUUUGAAUAGUAUAUGGAUAUAUUAUUAUUAUAAUAAUAUAAAAACACUUACAAAAAAAAUCAAGGAGUUACAAAAUGAAAAGAAUAAUAAAAUUAAUUUAGAAAAGUAUUUAUUAACCUUAAGCAUAAAUAUUAAUGAAGCGAUUACAUAUUUUGAGGAGAUUUUGAUACAUGUUAUGAAAGCAUAUGAUCAGAAAAAAUAUGAUUACGUUUUGUAUAUGAUUAGAGUUACAUCUACAAGAAACAAGUAUGCUAAUUAUUUGAAGAAAUGUGAGGGGAAAUAUAUAUAUAGAAGUCUAAGUAACGAUACAUAUGAAUAUGAUAAUUAUGUGAAUAAUAUUAUAGAUAAAUUUCAUGCAGAAGAAAAGAGAAGAAGGAAUAAUGAAAAGGAAACAAGUAAAGUGGAAAAUACUGAAGAAAUAAUAAACAAUAUAGAUAUUAUAAACAAAAUACAGGACAAAAAUAAAGAAAAACUUACAUGCAACAAUAAUAAUAAUAAUAGUAAUAAUAAUAAUAGUAAUAAUAAUAGUAAUAAUAAUAAUAAUAAUAAUGUGGAGGAUGAAUAUUUAUCUUUAUACAAAAAUUUGGAAUUGUGUAGAAUAUGUGUUAGUAACAUAUUCAAAAUAUUUGGAGACUUAUUUAGAUAUAAAUAUUAUUUUUUUGAAGAAAGUAGGAAAGUGAAUGAAAUAAAAGCAUGUAUAAAUUAUUACAAUUCAUUAAAUUAUUAUGGAUAUAACGGUUAUUUAUUUAACCAGAUAUGUUUAUUAUACGUCAAUUAUAAUCCUAUAAAAUGUAUGUUCUUUUAUUUUUUAUCUAUUAUAUCACAUAGGCCUUCUAUGAAUAGGGAUACGAUUAUUAUGUUCAUGGAAAGCAUAUUAAAUGAAAGGAAGAGGAUGAGUAAGUUAAUAGAAGAUUCAAAGAGAUACAAAGGUGGAAAUAUAUGUAACAAGGAUAUAAAUGAAAAAUUUAGUAACCUGAUUAGUAUCAAGAGGAAUGAUUAUAAUAAGAGUGAUUAUUUUGAUAGUAAUCGUUAUGGUAGCAAAUAUAUAUAUCGUAUUAAUGGACAUAAUAAUAAUAAUAGUAAUAAUAAUAAUAAUUAUUAUUAUUAUAAUAAUGAAAAGGAAUAUGAUAGUCAUCAUAGAUAUAAUAGAGAAUACACUUAUUAUGAUAAUUAUUAUAAUUAUUAUUAUGCCAUACGUAAAUCAAAAUAUGGAUAUCACGCUAACAAGAAUGGUCAUAAAAGCAACCCAAGUAAUUUCAUUAGUUCGUCUUUUUCAGAGAUCAAAAGGGAUGAUGAAAUGUCAUAUAAUAAUAGACGAAGUAGUACUAAUAGUACUAGUAGUAAUAAUAAUAAUAAACAUAAUAAUGUGAAUGCCUAUAUGAAAAAUUAUGAUUACUCCAAUAGAAAUGAAAUCACUGAAUAUUCUGAUGUAAAAGAUAGAGAAGAAAAUAUAUAUUUGUGCUAUAAGGAUUGUAAAAAUAAAAUAAAAAAAAUGUUUUUAAAGGAAAAAAAAAAUCUUAAAAAUGAAAAGGAAAAGAAUGAAGAUGAUGUAGUAAAAAAGUCAAAGGAGGAAUUAUUAAAAAAAUCAAAUGAGGAAUUAGUAAAAAAAUCAAAGGAGGAAUUAGUAAAAAAAUCAAAGGAGGAAUUAAUAAAAACAGAUGAUAAUAAAAAGAAUUAUAUCCUAUUUAAAAAUAGAAAUAUGAAUGAUGAUGACACAACCGAAAUGAAAUUAAAUGAAACAAUAAUAAAUUUUUAUAUUAGUUAUUUUAAGAUUAUAAAAUUAUUAUUUUCCAAAAUAGAUAUGAACAAGUUUGAAAAGAAAAAAAAUAAAUUUAUAUAUUAUACAAAUAAAUAUUUAAGAAUUCAAUAUUAUAAUAAUAAACAAGAUAAAUUAAUGUUAAAAAAUAUCAUCAUAAUAAUUUUUACACUUUUGAGUAUGAUAGUUUAUAUUAUUAUAAAUCAUUAUGAAAAGAAAAGAAAUACAAUUGGUUUCUUUUUUUAUGGAAAUAUUAAUAUAAGGAAAUAUAUAUAUAAAAAUGAACAGAUAUAUUUUACAUUUGUAUUAAUACAUGAAAUAUUAUUAUCAUGUAAAUAUUUUUAUGAACAUUUUUAUGAACAUUACUUAUCAGUUUUUAUAUAUACAUUAUAUUGGUUAAAAAAUGAACACAAUCUUUUUAAUUAUCCUAUGGAUAUAUUAAAUGAAGAGGAUGAUAGAGAAAAAAAUUCUCUCAUUAAUCAAUAUCAUGAAGAUUAUAAAAAAAAAAAAACUGUUUAUCUUAUUACACCCAAGGUAAAAGAAAAUAUCAAAGUGAACGGUAAUAAUUCACAUGAUUCUAAAGACAAUACUUUAAAUUCAAUUUCUAAGGAUAAUAAAAAUGGAAAUGAAAAAAAUCAUGUACAACUUACAAAUAAUAUUAGUAUGAAUAAUAUAUAUGAUGAUAUGAAUAUGCUAGAUAAAAAUAAAGAUAUUAUCAAAAUUAUAAGAGAACUGUUAUGUAGCUUAAAUAUAAAAAAGGAUGUUCAAGUAGAUAAUUCAUAUUUGCACUUUAAAUUGAAAGAAGAUUUUUAUAUUCAUCCAUUUUUAAGCGUGUUGCAAUUUAAGAAAAUGGACAUUGUAAAAAAUGAAGAAGAUACAAAAUAUAAGCAAAAUAAAAUAAAGGUAAAUAUAAAAAAGAACAUCCAUUCUAAUUUUGAAGAAAAUAAAAACAAUAAAUCUAUCUCUUCAAAUGAGGAAUAUUCUUUUGAAGAUUCAAAUGAUGAUGAUGAUAUUGUUGUUUUAAAAAACCCUUUAUUUGAAAAACCAGAUGAUAUCUUACCUGAAUGUAUAAUAGACUCUAAAAUGAUGAAAUUAAAUAAAAAAUUAGAUUCUUUUAAUAAUUUAUAUGAUAAGUGUAUCGAGGCUAUAAGUACUAAUAAUUCAGAUAUAACAAAAGAAGAGACUGAUUUGUCGCAAAUGGACAUUGAACAUAACAAAUUCAAACAUUUAGAUUCAUCCAUAUGUGUUGAUGAAAAGCUAGAGAAAGAGUCGUCUCUAACAUCUGAUAAGAAAGAGGAUUGUAUAGAGACAGAGGAGUAUAUUAUAGCUACAAAAAAUAUUGAUUAUGAUAUAGAACUUGAGAAGAGGAUAAAAAUUUCUCGAUACCUCUCUUUAGUUGACGAUGUAGUAAAAAAAAACAAAAUGGACACCAAUGGAGAUAUAAAUGGAGAUGCAAAUAAAGAUAUAAAUGAAGAUGUAAAUGAAGAUGUAAAUAAAGAUAUAAAUGAAGAUGUAAAUAAAGAUAUAAAUGAAUAUACACAUGUAGAUACACAUGCAGAUACAAAUGCAGAUACACAUGAUGAUAUUCGUUAUAACAUCCUUUUUGAAAGUUUAUAUAUCAAAUGCGUUGAAAUUGAAGAGGAAAAUAUGAAACUGAAAAAUUUAAAGAUAGAAUAUGAGAAAAAUACUAAUUAUCAUAUACAUAAUAAUAAUAAUACAAACGAUUACACAUAUAUAAACGAAAAAGAAGUAUUUCCUAGUACUAAUAAUUUUUGCGAUAAUAAAAGUUUCCCUUUUACUAAGAUAAAAAAAAUAGAUGAUAAGAUGCCUAUGGAAGAAGUCGAAAAUACAUAUGCUGCUUUAUAUGAAAAUAUUAUUAAAAAAAAAAAUAUUGAAAAUGUUAAUAAUGUAUCAGAUAAAGGGAAUGAUAUUAUAUAUGAUAUUAAAGAUAGUCAUAAGGAGAAUCCUAUAAAUAAUAAGGACACGAAAUGUAUAAUAUUGAAUACAUCAAAUGUUACAACUAUGAAUAGUAUAAAGAAUGAAGAAGAGAGAGAAAUAGAAAUGUGUAAAAAGGAAUAUGAAAAGAAUAAUGAUUAUAAUAAAUUAAUAGAAAGUAAUGAAGGAAAUAAAAUGAAAGAUGAUAAGAUCGAAGAUAAUGAUAUCAAGAAUAUAUUUAAUUAUAAAAAUAAAGAAGGAGAUUCUUUUAAAAGCUCAAAUCAUACUUGUGUAAUAAAAAGCAUUAUGAUAAAUAAAAAUAACAAUAUUGUUGAUGAGAAACAAUCGUUACAUGAUAAUAAAAAUAUGUGUAAUCAUUCUGUAGACAAUGUAGAAAAUAUAAAGUCUGUUGAUACGAAUGAUAUAAGCACACAUACUAAUAUUAUUGAAGAUAAUCAUGUAAACGAGUUAAGUGUGUGUAAGGAUGAUGUUUUGUUUUAUGAAGUUUCUGAUAAUCAUAAAUAUAUAAGUGUGAAUAAAAAAAAUGAUAAUAUUGAAAAUAAAAAUGAAUUUGAUAUGAUGAAAAACACGAACAUUAUGAACGUUUCUCUAAAUGAUGAUAUCCAAAUGUUAAGGAAAUCUUUUAAUAUUCAAUCGAAUAUAAUAUUAAAUAAAGGAGAAGAUGCAAAUACUGAUUUAUCAUUAAAGUGUGAACAUUUUUUGAUGAACAAAAAAUGUAUUAAACAUGAAGAAGACAACAACAAAAAUGACAGUAAUAGUAAUAAUAAUAAUAAUAUUAUUAUUAAUAAUUGGAGUGAUGCAACUUUUGGCAAUGAUAAUUCUUUAUUUGUUUAUAAUAAUACAUAUAGAGAACAGUCUAAUAUACUUAAUAAAAACCGAGAUUAUAAAGAUAGCAAAAAAAUAAAUCAUCAUGAGGAAAAGAAUAAUAAUCAUAUUAUAUCUGCUAAUGAUGUUUUAAAUCGAGCAUUAUAUCUAAAGAGUGCAGAAAGACAUAAUUUAUAUCUUUUAUUAAAAAAAGAAAAAGAAAAAAUUAUAUUAAUUGACGGAAAAAAUAUUGGGACUAGGUAUCAAAAUAAUUAUAUAAAAUAUUUUGAUGUCUUGAGAAUAAAGCAUGCUUUAGAAUAUUAUAAAAAAAAAGAAUAUAAUGUAAAAAUUAUUAUUCCAAAAGAAUAUAUAUUAUUAGAGAAGACUAAAAGAUAUAUGAAUAAAAGUAUAUCAUACUGCAACAACAACGACAAAAAUGGCAACAACAAUAAUAAUAAUAAUAAUAAUAAUAAUAGUAGUAGUUACUGCGAUGUGUAUAAAAAUAUGAAUUCUAAUGUUUAUAAUAAUGUUCAUAAUAAUGUUCAUAAUAUUAUUCCUAAUCAUAUACAUAAUAAUAAUAUAUAUAACAAUACAUAUCAAAAUAGUAAUAGUUAUGAAUAUAAUAAUAUCUAUCAUAAUAAUAAUUAUAAUCAUAUGAAUUCUAAUAAAUGUCCUAAUGAUUAUGGUGAUAUAUGUAAUUAUCAUCAUUCAAGUGAUGGAUAUCCUCAAGCUUUUGAGUUUGAUUUAAAGAAAGAAGAUUUAUUAUAUUUACAACAUUUAAAUAUUUUAGGUUAUUUAAUAAUAGAACCAAUGGAAAAUUAUUAUCAUUCUUGUAUUGAACAUAUUAUCAAAUCUAAUACUUGUUUAGUAACAAAUAUAUCUAUAUCUCAAUUGGAUAGUGGAUUUCAUCAUUUACAUAUUACAUCUAAAACGCUUUCGUCUUAUUUUAUAUCCUAUACAUUCCUAGGAGAUGAAUUUUUACCUAACCCUAAUUUUAUUUGGCCUCCCAUAAGUAAAAAUAAAAAGAAAGUAUAA